UUCCUCUCUCCUACCACCCUUCGCUUCUCUUUCCUCGCGACGACAGCUCAGGGAGGAGGAGAAGAAGAAACGAGAGGAAAGCGCGCCCCAUUCCCCGCGGACCUCCUCCUCCUUCCACCUCGCGUGGAAUCCCUUGGACUCCCGCCGCCGCCGCUGCCGCCGACAUCUAUCCCCCCCUCUCGCCGCGCCGGCGCGUCGUCGACCGGCCCGAUCUGCUGCUCGUCCUGCCUCCUCAGGUAGGUCUCCUACCAAGGAGGAGGAGGUGGGCGCUGGGUACUAGAAGCUAGAUUCGGAAAGGCGCCAUGAAGAAAGUAUUCGAUCAGACGGUCCGGGAUUUGAAAAGAGGGGUGAAUAAAAAGGUCCUCAAGGUGCCUGGUACAGAACAAAAGAUUCUCGAUGCCACAAGCAAUGAGCCGUGGGGCCCGCAUGGAUCCCUCCUGGCAGAGAUUGCACAAGCAACACACAACCAUCAUGAGUAUCAGAUGAUCAUGAAUAUUGUGUGGAAGAGGGUCAGUGAUACUGGUAAAAAUUGGCGGCAUGUUUACAAGGGAUUGACUGUCCUCGAUUACCUGGUAGCUCAUGGUACCGAGCGGGUUAUUGAUGACAUAAGGGAGCAUGCUUAUCAGAUAUCGGCAUUAGCUGAAUUCCAGUAUAUCGAUUCUAGUGGCAGAGAUCAAGGUAGCAAUGUACGUCGGAAAUCCCAGAGCCUCGUUAGUUUAGUUAAUGAUAAGGAAAGGGUUCAGGAAGUCCGGCAGAAAGCACUUGCUACCAGAGAUAAGUAUCGGAGUGCAUUUGCCACCAGUGGAGCACACAGGAGCCCAGGCGGAUAUGACAAUGAUCGCUACGAAGGCAGCAAUGGUAGUAGAUAUGAUAACAGGAAUGGCUACGGGAGGGAAAGAGAAUAUGGAUAUAGAGACGAUGACAGAUACAGUGGUGCUGGAGAUACACCCAAUCGGGAAGGAGAUCGUUAUUCUAGGGAUUCUAAUGAACGCAACAGAGAAGAUGAAUACAGAGGAAGUAAUAGCAAUCCUGAAUAUGCAGAAGGAUCGGGCCGCAGGAGCUAUGGACGAGAAAGAGAUUCAUAUGACAAUGAUGAGGCUUAUUCUUCACGUGGCCGUGGCAGCAAUGCUGAUGUGCCUACUCAGGAUGAGAGGCCUGCAGGGCAGAAGUCUCCUAGCCAACAGAUUGCUUCACCACCACCAAGCUAUGAAGAUGUUGCAGGAAUUUCCAAGGACAAUCUUCAUGAUGAAAGAAACGGAGCAAGCGUGCCAGCUGCUGCUGCUGCACCAAAGGUGCCUUCUCCCUCCAUUCCUAGAACAAGCUUUCCCCCAGAACAGGUGAAUGGUGUUCAUGAUAAUUCUGUUGAAGAUGUACCUGCACAACCACCUGCUCAUGCUGAACUUAACGGCUUUGAUGAGUUUGAUCCACGUGGAUCAGUGCCAGAUGCCUCACCUCCAGCGAACCCCUCACCAGCAGUGAAUAGCUUGGAGAUGGAUUUAUUCGGGCCUGAUCCUAUUAGUUCGUUGGCUUUGGUUUCUGUGCCUCAGCCGACUGCUGCCCCAAAUGUCGAGCCAAUGGCCAAUUCUGGUUUCGAGACAAAUAGUUUCAUGGGCAUGCCACCAGCUUCUACUGGAUUCAGCGAGGCGAUUGAUGCUUCAAAUCCAUUUGGGGAUCCUACUCCUUUCAAGGCAGUUCAUGAAGAGAAUCAUGCAGUUUCUCAGGCAAAUGCGGCACCUGCUGGUUCCUUCCAGGCCACCGGACCUGGUGCGGAUGCAAAUCCUUUCCAGCCUGCUUCAGCUGCUAGCUUUGGUUUUGAAGAUACCCUUGGCGAUCUCACUUUUGCAUCCAACGUCGCACCUGGACAGCAAGAUAUUUUUGCAAGCACCACCUCCUUACCUUUUGGGGUUUCACAGGCAAAUCCCUCCGCAUUUCCCCAACAGGCAGGCCCAACUCAUGUUCCACCCCAGACAUCUCAGCUUUCUCAAGCAGUGGCUUCCAAUACUCAUACUGCUUCCAUGUUUGCUCACCCACAAGCACAUCCUGCAGUCACCAACCCAUCCUCAUUUCCUCAGCCUGUUGCCACACCAUUUGCUCUUUCACAGGCCCCUCAACCUGCAGCACCCAAUCCUCCAGGGCCAUCAAACUAUUUUAUGCAACAACCUUCAGGGACUGGUAUUGAUACCAUGUCUGGGGUUCCUUCACAGAAUGGUGCACCAUCCUACAUUCCUCCACAGUCUGCUCAGCAUGCACCUCCGGUAAAUCAACUACCAUCUCAGCAAAGUUUCCUCUCACAAACUGCCACAUCAGCUCCACAGACGGCAUCAAUUUCUCGAGGGGCAUCCCAGCCUUUAGUUGCCCCAAAUUCAGUACCUUCUGGUUCCAACUAUCCAUUGCAUUCGAGUUCAUCAGCUCCCCCAGAAACGAUAAUGUCGGCUUUGCAAGUUAGUCCAACUGAACCAGUGAAGAAAUUCGAGCCCAAAUCUACAGUUUGGUCAGAUACAUUGACUCGAGGUCUUGUCAAUUUUAACAUUUCUGGACCAAAAACGAACCCACAUGCAGACAUUGGAGUGGACUUCGAUUCAAUCAAUCGCAAGGAGAAAAGGCAAGAGAAGAAAACAUCCCAAGUACCUGUAGUAUCUACCAUCACCAUGGGAAAAGCCAUGGGUUCUGGCUCUGGUAUUGGUCGGGCUGGUGCGAGUGCUGUUGCGCCUCCUUCCAACCCAAUGGGUGCAGGCAGAGGUGUUGGUGUUGGUGCUGGUUAUGGUGGUGGAAUGGGAACGAAUCGACCAAUGGGGAUGGGGAUGGGAAUGAACCAACAGAUCGGGAUGAACCAACAAGCAAUGGGGAUGGGGAUGAACCAACAGCAGAUGGGGAUGGGGAUGGGGCUGAACCAACAGCAGAUGGGAAUGGGGAUGAACCAACAACCCAUGGGAAUGGGGAUGGGGAUGAAUCAACAACCCAUGGGUAUGGGGAUGGGGAUGAACCAACAACAGAUGGGGAUGAACAUGGGCAUGGGGAUGCGGCCUCCUAUGGGGAUGGCUCCUGGUGGAAUGCCUGGCGCCCCGACUGGCUACAAUCAGAUGGGUGCUGGAUACGGCGGGCAGCAGCAAUACGGUGGGUACAGGUGAGAUUACACAUGUACGGUGGAUUACACAGCGAGGAUUUGAGAAGCAGUUUAGCAGGCAUUUGGAUUUUGCUCACCUGGGUUUUCUUUAUGUAUGAUUUCUUUUGUUGGGGGGUAUAAUUUUCAUAACUAUUCUUUUUCUAUCCAUGUUGGAUGCUGUAUCUACUAAAUGUAUGAUAUGCGAAUGCGGGCAUUGCCACAACUGCCGCGUUGUGUAACUGGAUGCAAAGCCACAUGAUAUUAUAAGCUUGGAUGUAGUUGUAUAAUUCUCUAUAGGCUACUCUUGUCAGCAGACAUAUUAUUUGUUUCAGCAUUCUUGCUGGAUAGACAAUAAAAGGCUAUACCAUUUUGUUGAA